AUGAACACUCCCCAAACCUGGUCAAAUUUCAGUCGAACUGAUCGAGCCCAGGGCGUCUUCAGGAGCCAGCCUAACAUCACUCUUGUGCUUCUCCUUGAUGUAAAGGAUGAUGCUCACAGAACAUGGCCCAUUGUCAUGCAGCAACUGCAAGCCCUCAGAGAUCAAAUGUUUCUUGCCCGCUACGAGGCUGUCUAUACAGCGCCUGGAUUCUCGUAUAAGCAGCGUCUGUGGCCAGGUCCUGUAACAGUGGUUGGUACUGGUGAUCUUGUGGAGAAGCGCUGGACGAAUGUUUGGCCCGACGAUCCGCAUUACAGCGAGUAUCACGACGCCUUCCUUGAUGCACCACUCGGCCGUCUUCCUCAUGAGAACACCAUUGAGCAUUGGGGGGACGGCUGGGGAGCAAGUGUUAUGUGGGAUAAAGAAGACGCUUACUACACGUCGGUUUCCUUCAAGCAAAGCAUCGGAUCGGUCCGCACUGGUUUCAGUAACUCUCAGCUCAAAACUCUGCGGGAGCAAGUUGAGACAGCCAGAUGGUCAGGUUUGAAGACUCGUUAUUGGGACGUACCUGACUGGCCUAUCUCGUACCGAGACUACAUCUGGGAGGUUCUGACGAGAGAGGGCGUUGAUAUGCUUAAUAUUGAUGACCUCCAGAGCGCUUCUAAGAGGAGCUGGACUAAAGGAUACAUCCGAAAUCUUAUAUGGAUGAUUUCGGUGUCCGGUUUCAUCUUCCUGGCGUCCGUUGCGCUGACCUACUGGGGACACACAGCCAUCAAGAAACAGCUGGAACGCAUGGUUGAUUCCCAACCCAUCAUGUUGGAAUAG